AUGAAUCGAUCGCAAGUAACACUCGAAGAAUUGCUAGGUGAUGGCCAGUUCGGCAAUGUAUACAGAGGGAAAUUCACAAAAGAGGACGGUCAAAUGCAAUCUGUUGCUGUGAAAGUGUGCAAAGUGGACAGUGAACCGACCGAACGGCAGAAUUUUUUGGAAGAAGCCUAUGCAAUGCAACGCUUUCGUCACGAGCACAUUAUUGCACUGGUGGGGAUUUGCAUGGAUACACCUCUUUGGAUUGUUAUGGAACUCGCACCAUACGGCGAAGUGGCACCGCUACUGAAAGUCGAUUCCUCAGCGAUGCCAACAUCUACCCUGUGGCGUACACUGGAACAACAAAAAAUUCAGUCUGAGGAAGACGAUAAAUGGCUUGAAGAAGAGGAAGAGAAGCUGCUACCUCUGCCAGCACUUUCAACGGUUCGCACACAUCAUCUGAAUUCGCUCUCUGGCAGUCAGCCAAUUUUAAGCGAACAGCAGAACGGUCUACCCGCUGGUUAUGAAUUCGACAGACGUGGUGAUACAAUCCAUGAAGCUGUUUUCAAGGUGGUCGGUGCGGUGAAAAAUCUUUCGGAAUGCUUUCAAUCAACAAUGAGCGCAGAAAAAUUCACUGAACUAGUCAAAACUAUCACGGACGAACUGAAAAAUUUGUUUGUCGAAAUACCGCGGCAUGUAAACCUUUUGAAAUUACCAGAUCAACGAGAAGUGAAGUUGGUAGAAGCCCUUCUUGAUUCGGAUAUGCGCAGCCUAACCGACGCUAUGAAAAAAGCGGUGGAUGAAGAUAUUAGUGAGGAAGCUUACGAAGCUGUACAGAGAGAAAUUCUGAAAAUAACCCAUCGGCUGGCGUUUAAUUGUAAGCAUUUUUUGGAGUCUGUGGACAGCGCAAGGAUUCGAAGUGAUGUUGCGAAGUUGCAUCACAAAGAUGCACCGAUAACACAUUUGGUGUAA